AGUGUUGUCAUCUCCCAACAUAUCAACCCUUGUCCCUGUUCGUCAUCACACACACUUUCUCUCUCUAGAUUUCUCUCUCUGGAUUUUUUUCCCUCUCUCGCAUUACAGCUAUCGUAUUUCUGUCUCUGCCAUUGCGAAAGGGACGCUGAAAAAAAAGAUACAUAUAUAAAAUAAAUAAAACACACAACACAACAGCCUAUAAACCGAGCGACGAGGUUUUCUAAGGGACGGAAAAUAAACCAGAGAGUCUCAGAAGAAGAAAACAAGGGAAUCAAUCACACAACACAAUAACAAGAACGGGUCUUUGAAGAGAUUGGACCAAAGGGUCAAGUGGGCCUUUUUCAGUUUUUUCUACCAUUCAUUCAAUUUCCUUCUUCAGGGCGAUUGAUUUUGCAGGUGUUUGAAGUUUUCGCUUGGACAAGCAUCAUAUCUUUGAGUUGUUCUGUUCUGUCUCUGUUUUCGUGAGAUUUACGUUUUACCAUGAGGAGAAGUUAGCACAUACUACUACUCCCCUUGUUUCUCGGAAGAUUUUGUAAGAAGUUCUGACCAGUUUGACUGAUGGGCCAAUUCUCGUAUGCUCUUUGAACCGAAAUUAGAGGAAGCCAAACAAGUCCUGAUAUGCAUGUAAAAUCACAGUAAAAUAUGCAGAAAUGAGGGCCCUGUGUUUUUUUGGCUGAGUCGGUGUUAAAUUUUGGCUUUAAGCUUUCCUUUUUCUAUAAUAAAACCUUUCUUUUUCAAAGAGUAUAUAAUGUGUACAUUCUCUUAAGUCGGUUCAACUACUGAAUUAUCUUCUUCUUUUUGCCAUAAUGGUUUCAUUUAUGUUCACGUUGGUAAUUGCCACCUUGGACAUGAUGCCUAGUGUUACGUGGAUAUAGCAUAACUUAAUUUAAUGCAUCUUUUGAUCAUGUCCUUCAUUCUUUAUUCUUUCCGGUCCCUGUCUUCUAAAUAAGCUUGGUUAGAAAUGUCUUUUUGCAGUCUUUGAAAGUUGCCAAACAUUAAACUUUUACAGGUGAAGAACAAAAAGAAAAAUUCCAGCCUCCAUUAAAGGCCUCGAUCUAAGCAUUAAAGCAUAAUGCUUUUUUUCUUUUUCUAAACACUCAUCAUGACCACCAUUGUUAAGACAUUAUUGCCCUUGUUUGUCUUUUUAAACCCUUGAACACUUCUCUAUUUUCACCUUCAUUUGCUAAGUUGUAAUGUUUCUGCAGAUGGAAUCUGUUAAGCCAUCAGCAGUGACACCAAACAAAAACAAGUUGGCUCGCACAUUUGCCAAAGUUCUUCACGUUAGAGCAGUGACAGGAAUUGCACCAGUUGAUGGACUGAAGAACGUUAAAGGGGAUGCAGAUCUCCAAAAUGAAGGAAAUAUAAUCAAAGAAGAUGAAGAGCUUCAGGAAAGAAAGGCCACAGAAGCUUUGCUUGCAAAUGCAUUUGCUAGCAUUUCAACGGUGAAAGCUUCUUAUGCUCAGCUGCAGCAUGCUCAGUCUCCCUAUGACCCUGAUGUAAUUCAAGCUGCUGAUGAAUUGAUAGUCUCAGAGUUCAAGACCUUGUCUGACCUAAAGAAAUGUUUCUUUAAAAAGCAAUUUGAUCCUUCACCAGAUAGAGCAAUUCUUCAAGCUAAAUUGAAGGAGCUGGAGAGUGUGAACAAAACAUUUGAGAUCACAGGGGAGAAGUUAGAAUCACAGGCUCGGCUCAAGGAAUCUGAGAUUAUAUUUCUUCAAGAAAAGCUAGAGGAGGCUACCAAGCAAAGCAGGUCAAUUGAGAAGAGGUUAAAUCAAAGUGGAUCAUUAUCAGUUCUUGACAACCUCCACAUUUCAGGAUUAAGUCCUAGUCAUUUUGUUACUGUUCUUCGCCACACCGUUAGGUCCAUUCGAAACUUUGUGAAGUUGUUAGUGAAUGAGAUGAGAUCUGCAGAUUGGGACAUUGAUGCUUCAGUGAAUGCCAUUAUCGAGCAGAAUGUGGUGUACUGGAAAGAAGAUCACAAAUGUUUUGCAAUUGAGUCCUUUGUGUGCAGGGAGAUGUUUGAUUCUUUCAACUUCCCUAACUUCUCCCUACCCAACGAAUCCCUGCCAGAUAAAAACAAGAGGCAACUGUUCUUUGGGAGGUUCAACGAGCUAAAACCAGUGAAAGCAAUGGAGUUUCUUUCAGGGAAGCCAAGAUCACCCUUUGCAAAAUUCUGCAGGAUCAAGUUCUUGAGACUUGUUCAUCCCAAGAUGGAGGCAUCAUUCUUUGGCAACGUGAAUCAGAGGAACAUGCUGAAUGGUGGAGAGUUUCCUGACACCAACUUCUUCACCUCAUUUGCUGAGAUGGCCAAGAGGGUGUGGCUUCUACACUGCUUGGCCUUCUCCUUUGAGCCUCAAGCUUCAAUCUUUCAAGUGGAGAAGGGUUGUAGAUUAUCUGAUGUGUACAUGGAGAGUGUGAGUGAAAAUGAUGAAGAAAUGGCAGUGGAAUCUGAGCCACGUGUUGCUUUCACUGUUGUUCCAGGCUUUAGGAUCGGUAAAACUCUAAUACAGUGCCAAGUCUACCUCUCACAAGUCAUGGUAAAAAAAUCCACAUUCAGAGAGCAAAAAAGGUAGUAGGAGUAGUAGUAGUAAUAACAGUAGCAGUAGUAACUACUGGUGUUUUCAUCAGUGGUUGACCCCACCAUGCAAUAGGCUAUUGAAGUGGAAGCCAAUGUUUUUAGUUGAACGGCUGUGCUUGUGGGGACUCAGCCUUCUGCUGCCAUGGUUCAAUGGGGGCAUUUUCUUGUCCAUUUGUAUUUUGGUCAGUUUCAAAAGGAAGCGCGUGAACCGUUGCAUUGGAAAGUGCCCUUUUUGUUCAGAAUGUUUUUUUUCUUACUAUGAAGUUUAAUUAAUCAAAUGGUUGCCCCAAA